AUGCCGGCCACGCUCAUCACGCUGGCAGUCUGGGGUGCGGAAGUGUCAGCAUUCAUUCAAAGAGCUGUAGAUUUUAACGUUCUGAUGAAGCGAAAGAAGUUUCUUUACCACUUCAAAAAUGUCCGCUGGGCUAAGGGUCGGCACGAGACCUACCUGUGCUACGUGGUGAAGCGGAGGGACAGCGCCACUUCCUUCUCGCUGGAUUUUGGCUACCUUCGCAACAAGUUGGGCUGCCACGUGGAAUUGUUGUUCCUACGCUACAUCUCGGACUGGGACCUGGACCCCGGCCGGUGUUACCGCGUCACCUGGUUCACCUCCUGGAGCCCCUGCUACGACUGCGCCCGGCACGUGGCUGAGUUUCUGAGAUGGAACCCCAACCUCAGCCUGAGGAUUUUCACCGCGCGCCUCUACUUCUGCGAAGACCGCAAGGCUGAGCCUGAGGGGCUGCGGAGACUGCACCGCGCCGGGGUCCAGAUCGGGAUCAUGACCUUCAAAGAAAAUCAUGAAAGAACUUUCAAAGCCUGGGAGGGACUGCAUGAAAAUUCUGUCCGUCUAACCAGACAGCUCCGGCGCAUCCUUUUGCCCUUGUAUGAAGUCGAUGACUUGCGAGAUGCAUUUCGUAUUUUGGGACUUUGA